UUUCCUGCCGCCAUAUACCGGCUUUUGAUGAGCACUGAGAGCUUCGUGGCUUGCGACUCCCGGAUCUACCCGACUGCUAACGGCUCAGUGCUCCCGUCUAUGGCCCGUCCUCGCACGUUGGUGUCACCGCUGCUGAGCGGGGUGUUCUGUCAGUGCGAUACAUUGGGAGGGAACCCCCACAGCCACGAGUCCCCGGCCCCCUCCUCCCUGGCGGCUGCCCUGGCUGCGGACCCGUGCGGAGGGGCCCUGUGCGGCGGACCAGAGCACGAGCGGCGGCUGCAGAUUCUCUUCCAGGAGCUGGACGUCAACAAGGACGGCGCCAUCUGCAUCGAUGACCUGGCUGUGGGGCUCCGGCGGCUCGGGGUCCACCGGACGGAGAUGGAGCUGCGGAAAAUAGUGAAAGACGGAGAUAAGGACCUGGAUGGACAGCUGGACUUUGAGGAGUUUGUCCACUACCUCCGUGACCAUGAAAAGAAGCUGAGAUUGGUCUUCCGGAGCCUGGACAAGAAGAAUGACGGAAGGAUCGAUGUCCAGGAAAUAAUGCAGUCUCUCCGAGACCUAGGAGUGAACAUCUCUGAGCAGCAGGCCGAGAAAAUCCUGAAGCGAAUUAGGACGGGCUACCGCUGGGGUCCUGUCACCCACAUGGAUAAGAACGGCACGAUGACAAUAGACUGGAACGAGUGGCGGGACUAUCACCUCUUGCACCCUGCGGAGAACAUUCCGGAAAUCAUCCUGUACUGGAAGCACUCUACGAUCUUUGAUGUGGGAGAAAAUCUGAUUGUCCCGGAUGAAUUUACAGUUGAAGAGAAGCAAACAGGGAUGUGGUGGAGGCAUCUAGUCGCCGGUGGCGGAGCAGGUGCAGUGUCUCGAACUUGUACAGCGCCCCUCGACCGUCUGAAGGUCCUCAUGCAGGUGCGUGACUUUACUGUCCAUGCUACCCGUCACAACAACAUGUCUAUCUUGGGGGGAUUCACACAGAUGAUCCGUGAGGGAGGCUUCCGCUCACUGUGGCGAGGCAACGGUAUCAACGUCAUCAAAAUUGCACCGGAAUCUGCUAUUAAGUUCAUGGCUUACGAACAGAUUAAACGCCUCAUAGGCAGCGAUCAGGAGACUCUUGGAAUCCGGGAGCGACUAGUGGCUGGGUCUCUUGCUGGCGUCAUUGCUCAAAGCAGCAUCUACCCUAUGGAGGUUCUUAAAACACGGAUGGCUCUGCGCAAGACUGGUCAGUACAGAGGAAUGGUGGAUUGCGGGAAAAAAAUCUUGGUGAAGGAAGGAAUGUCUGCUUUUUACAAAGGCUAUGUUCCGAAUAUGCUGGGGAUUAUUCCAUAUGCAGGCAUUGACCUGGCAGUGUAUGAGACCUUGAAGAAUGCCUGGCUGAACAGAUACGCCACAAGUAGCGCUGACCCAGGCGUAUUUGUGUUACUGGCUUGCGGGACCAUAUCCAGUACAUGUGGGCAGCUUGCCAGCUAUCCCUUAGCGUUGGUCAGGACACGCAUGCAAGCACAAGCCUCUGUCGAAGGCGCACCACAGGCGACCAUGAGCAAACUGUUCAAGCACAUUAUAAAGACAGAAGGAGCAUUUGGACUGUAUCGGGGUUUGGCCCCCAACUUCAUGAAGGUGAUCCCUGCCGUGAGCAUCAGCUACGUGGUGUACGAGAACCUAAAGCUCACACUUGGGGUGACCUCUCGGUAAUGAGCCACUGGUGAAAUGCGGCGAUUGGACUGCAGUCUUGGGGCGCACCUCCCUGGAUGUGAAAAGGCCCCAUCUUCAUUCUGUGAAUGUGUUUAACACUAAAGGCAACAGUAAAGCUGUGUGAACCCCCCUCCCCCAGAAUCGGAAGGAUGUGACACUUUGGCCUUGGCGCAUUAGAGCUAGUCACCCGAGUUGCUCCUAUUCCACCCCUUUCUUUUUUGGGGCCACUAGCUUCUUCCAAGCCGGAGCCGUGUUUACAUUGCGUUUUAGUCUUUCAGUUUAUCUUGCAUUUUACAUGUUUUCAGUUUUAUGUACAGUGUCCUUUUUGUUAAAGGACAGCAUCUCUCAUUUUGAAUGUAUGUAAUAUAGUUUUGAAACUAUAUAACCUGCAGCAUGCAUAUUGACAAGGUGCAGUAGCCAAUGGGUGUUUGCACUUUAACACCAGACGUUGAUGUUAUCUGCUUUGGGUUUGUGAAAUUGCACUACCCCAUCUUGGGGUUUUCCGGUUCCACAAACCAAAGCUGUAGGGCAUCACAAUUGGCGCCGGUAGGCCUGUUCCUUUUUUUACUGUUUUGACAAAUAACCGUACUGUAGGUUGAGUGAGAUACACGUGACACGGGGGCUCUAGAUGGCAUAUCGACCCGGGCGUUCUGCAUUCCAAUCAUACUCGUCUGGGUCGAGUGCCCUAUAGACUUCCCCAUAUGCACAUCUACCAGUCACGUCUACCCGGUGAAGGGUUACAGUGGCCUCCAACAGUAUUCGACCUGUCUACUCAGAAGGAAGUGAUCAUGCCCCAUGGCCGCUAUUUGUGCCAGAUACCUUAGGAGUUUUGCCGCACCUUCUUAGUAAAUGAAUGACCUCCACUGAGACCAGGUGAUGUGUACCCAAAUGAAUCGGCCCACCCUGUGUCAUGGCUGUUGGGACUGGUAUGCAGACUACAGUUACCUAUCAACAGCAGGUGUCUUAAUUUAUGCAAACGCUGUCAUCCAUACACAGGGUCGUUAUCUGUGUCCAUCCAGGACAGCGUUUGUUGCACAUUCCUUUUUGUCUUACUGCCUAGCUUAUAUAUUUAUUAUAUUUAUUUAAGUUACGUUCGAGCUAUUUUUUACAAAUGUUAUAUCUAGAGUAUUAUGGCUUUUUAAUUUUUUUUUAUUUUAUUUCACUAACUUGUAAGUUCCCCCUUUUUUUUUUUUUUUUCUUCUGCUGAGUCUACGAGUCAGACCAGAUUGUAGGCAGUAGGUACUUUUGUCAGUUGCGUACAGUAACCUCUGCCCUAAUUUAAUGUUCUUACUUAGACAGCCUCUUCCCCGCUGAAAAGUGGACUCUAACCUGCGGAGCUUACCUAACCAGAGAUUGCAUUGUACGUCCGUGGCUGUUAGCGAGUUCUUAGGUCUCUGGGAGCAAGGAACGUUUCUGGGAUUCACAAACAGAUAGUUUUCUGUUUAGACCUCAUAAAAAAAAAAAAUUGCACUUUAUAUAGGAUGUCUGGAGAGUUUAGAGUGAAUGGUUUGGUGCUUUAUAUGUUUGUUUCCCCCCCCCCCCCCCCCCCUUUUUACCAUGUUGCAGUUUCUUAUGCCGGUUUUUAGUAUCCAGUUUUGGAAAAUAUGAACAGAGCAGCCUUUGCAGCUCUUUGUUUAGAAGUAUAACUCCCAGCAUGCUUGGGGGGGGGGGGAGAUGUAGCCAAUGAGAUGCCGGUUGCUAAAAGCCUUAUUUUAUUUGGACAAUCAUAAGCUGGCCGUACCCUUUAGGCCUCAUGCACACGGCUGUCGCUCGGCCGUUCCAUGCAUUGCGGUCCCUAAUGCAUGGGCAACAUUCCUAAGGAUCCAGACCCAUUCAACUUGAAUGGGUCUGAUCUGUCCGCACCUCAAAAAAGUAGUACUUAUUUGCGGUGCGGCGGCACAGAAAGAAACCCCACGGAAGCACUUCGUAGUGCUUCCAUGGGGUUCUGUUCCGCACCGGACUUUCCAGAUUGCAGGCCGCAAUACGGGCACGGGCUUCCCUGAUUUCAAAUGUGUGUGUGUGUGUGGGGGGGGUUGUAGAAAAAUAUUAGGCAGCUAAAAAAUAGAUUUUUAACAUCUCAUGAAAGUAAUCUGCCAGAGGUUUCUGACUGUAUUUAAGGUAAUUUUACAGGGGGCCAGCAGCACAAUUUGCUGCACAGAAACAUUGGGGGUUCAUUAACAAAGACCCGUGUUUUUCCCCCAGUGCUAGCGGAGAAAGGGCCUAAAUUAUGACAAGACUGAAGCCUAGUCCUAAAUUUGGUGCAACUCUGGCAGUCCAUGCACCUGGAGUGAAAACUACUCCUGCCCUCGACUGGUGUAGUUUUCACUCCUCUUUUACGUCUGUUUCCAGACAUAAAAGAUGGUAAAUUUUGUCCCAAGUGGCGAGGACGGUGCGAAAAAAACCUUUGCGACAAAUUAUUAUGCAUUAAUGUUUCAAAAUGGAGUCUUGCACUUUUCACCCAGUCAACAAGCAUUUGCUCGUUUAUUGGGUAAUCGUCUGCACAUUUUACACAGGCCGAUUAUUGGGAGUGAGCGUUUUUACAUAUGCGUUAGACAACAGUCUUUGCUUUGGUUCAAGCUUUUUGUGAGCAAUAGAAAGGGCCUCAAUCACAAGGAGAUUCUGCACUGUUAGAAAAUCUACUUGUGUGUGACCGAGUCCUUAAAAGUGGAGUUUCCCUUUAAAUAACAGUCAUUGUGAAGCUCUGCAUGUUCGCUAGUAUCUUAAGGCUUUGGCAACCUGCAACUCUCAGCUCAGCUGUUGUAGAACUGCAAGUCCCAGCAACGAUGCACAGGAUGUUAACACUUGCCGGAACUUGCAGUUCCACAUUUAGCUUUUGGCGCUAAAAGGAAUUCAUUUCAGCUCCCUUUACCCUUCAAGGAAAAUGGUGAAUGAGUCCAGAAAAUGUUAGGCAAGAAUCAAUGCAAACAAGUGAGAAAAUGUUGUAAAUCCUGCCUGUUAACGGAAUGCAGUUCAUGCCGAGAGCGCUUGUGCUAGAGUCCGUGUAAUAAAGGUCUUUAUAUUGUUA